UCUUCUCAUCCCAAAAGAAGACCGGAAAUAUUUUUUUCUUUACCUUUUUUCUAGACAUUUUCUAAAAAGCAUUUUGAGAAUUAUAUACACCGAAAGGGCGCCUAAUUGACUGCUUAUAUUUAUGUAUGGGAUUAGGGAAUUGAACUCAUUGCACUUCAAAAAAUUGGAAACUUUUGACCCACACAGUAAUCGAAUCUCCAGAACUCCGCCCGCCAAUCCCCUAUCUCGCGCCAAAUUAUCACGAACAAUUCCCAGGUUUGUUUGGAAGUUUCAGGGUUGAUAUCCCGUGCAGCAGCUACCAUGGUCUCAGGAUUAAUAAAUGCUAACCCUGUUGUGUAUGAGAAAAAGGAGCGCCGAUCUAGAAGCACACCAACUCAUGUGGACGAAUAUGCAGUUGAGCUGAUUGACCAACUAGAGAUAUUUGAUCAUAUUAGAGACAUAAAAGAUCCGGAGCACCCUUAUUCCUUGGAAGAGCUGAAAGUUAUAAGCGAAGAUGCGAUUGAGGUGGAUGACAAGCGUAGCUAUGUGAGGGUCACAUUCACUCCGACUGUAGAGCAUUGCAGUAUGGCCACAGUGAUUGGCUUAUGCUUGCGGGUCAAACUCAUGCGAUCUUUGCCCCCUCGGUACAAAGUGGAUAUUAGAGUAGCACCUGGUACGCAUGCCACUGAAGCUGCAGUAAAUAAACAACUGAAUGAUAAAGAACGGGUGGCAGCAGCUCUAGAAAAUCCAAACCUCGUUGAUAUGGUCGACGAAUGUCUUGCUCCAUCUUAUGGCUGAAGAUGGUCGAGCUUAUCUUCCUAAAAUCCAAGCAAACAGUCUUCCCUUCAUGUUUGAUUCUACUCCAGUUUACCUUCUGCCAGCUACAUGGUUUGUUGAUGUUCUUGAUUUUCUUCUCUAGCGUGUUAGUCUUUAUUGUCGCUCUUCAUGUUCUGAGUAUUAACUUUUAUCACUUGGAUAAGGUUUCUUGUCUAGUUAGGGAUUAAAUUUGAUGGUGAGCCGAUUCAUGUUUACUUAAGAUAGGGAACUUCUAUUCCUGUAGACCUUUAUUCUCAGUUCUGAACAGCACAUAUUGAUCAAGAAUGUUGAUGAACCAUUACAGAGAUACAUAAUUAAUAAGAAAUACUAGUUUCAUUCA